CCCCGGGCGCCGGUCCCUUUUGUACCCAAGUAAUCUCGAAAUUCCUUAGGAACAAUGGAAUUUUUUUUUUCUCAAAUCGCCGUCAGCCAAGUACGGCUUUUCCGGCCAGUUGCUAUCCCGUCGCUAUUUCCAGACACCGAGUUUCGUCCUGCUUGAAAUCUCGUCAGUUGCCUCAAGAAAAACAGAUAUAAUUGAGAACUACGAUUCUGUCUACUCCCUCACCGCCACCCUGACCCUGUGACCAAACUGGAUACUAUAUCACAAACCUUAAAUGUUAUAGCAUCAUGUCCGGUCUUACUAUAGAUAUGAUGAGGUCUCUGCUAUGCGCCAUCCCCGUCGAAGUAAGCUCUUGCAGCCCUGAACCAUGGGGAAGAUUUUGUUUGUUAAUGUGUACCCAGGUUCGACUUAUGAUCUUUGAGUUUGCAGUGACAUUGGACAAACCAGUCACUCCACGGCAGAUCACACAGCACUCAAACAAGUUCACCUGGGGGGACCGCAAGCAGGUACCCGUCCACAACCAUCCCGGCAACAAUGACUACGUCUGGGAGUGCCAGGAGGACGAUCGGCCCGCCAUCGUAUCUUUGAGCUUGACGUGCAAGCAGUUCUACGACGAGCUGAGACGUUACCCGGUCUUCUACCGGGUGAACCAAUUCCAGUUCGAGCUGGAAGACCUGGUGGCGUACCUGGCCGCCAUCACCCCGGAGCGCUGCAACAUGAUCCAGAACAUCGUUCUAACCGGACUUGGCAGUUCCAGCUUACCAAAGUCCAAGCGCUCCUCCGCGCUGCAGAAGCAUGCUCUUGUGUUACUCUCCCAGUGCAGAAGUCUGCGAAAUGUGCACCCGAGGAAAGCCGCCAAGUUCUCUGCGGAACAUUUCAGUUCGAGGGAGCUCCAGCAGGCAGUUGGGUCCGCCAGGCUUGACAUCAAUGGUGCGGAUCGUGCCUGCGGCUAUAAUCCAGUGAAUACGUCGACUCAUGGCAGAUUUGAGGUGAUGAAGCAAAGCAAGAUGGAUGCUACCAUGGACUAUAAACUAGGGGCACUCAGAAAAGAGUUGCUGCCCAGGUAUGAUUCUGCCGGGCGACUUCUGUGGAGAGUUCAAGAGAUCCAAAACGUCAGACGUGGGUCACGGGGUCCCAAAUGCCAGGUGAAAUGGUGGACGACCACAGGGGGCCAGAACGCCGUGGAGUGGGAAGAUGCGUCAUCUUUGAUGACACAGGAAGGGCUGGAGCUCUUCAGGAAAUACUACGACGACAAGGGGCAGCAGUUUCGCGACGUGUUGAGGAACAAGUUCGACCUCGACGCCGAGCUGGCACGCCUGCUCGCCAUGCCGGCACCAGACGAGAUCAAGGCACUGGGUACGGAGCUGUUUGACAAAAAGGCCCUCCAGGGCAGGUGGAGGAGGCUCCAGAGGGACUACCUGCGGACCGAGUAUAUGCUGAAAGUCCAUCAUUCCUUGGCGACCGAGCGCGAGCAGAAGGACAGCCAGAAGAAGCGGUCCGCGCAGAGCACCGAGGUUGAGAUGCGAGCCGCUAAGCGCACCAAAGUACGGAGUAUGGAAUGGCUGAUGCAAGCACUUCCAGAAACAAUGGAAGAUUUGAUCAGGUGAUAAAGAGCGCGGAACUGGGAGAUCCAGAGUGGGAAGACCACUAGAAGGGCGAUGGGCAGCCUAUUUUAGGCACUGCUCGGUCGUGCUUGGCAAUUAGCAAGAUACCAAUUUGUAUUCAGGAGCGGCACAGCAAGCGGUUGACCUUCUUCCUUUUUUUCUUUCUUUUUUCUUGGG